AUGGCGCUGCGUAUCCCCGGAAAGGGCAACUUCAAACCCGUCAAGCCCGUACGACCGGGGAAGCGGCCUGCCGUUGGUCCGCCGCGCCCUAGCCAACCGUCCUCCCAAGCGUCCCAGAAGCCGACUGUCACCCAGCCUAGCCAGCAGGCAUCUUCGAGUCAACCACCAGCAGCCCCGAGCCAGCCCUCUCAGAAGCCUUCGACAUCACAAGUCGCGGACACCGAGGAGAAGACUGAUGAAGUGCCUUCCCCUAUCACUGAGACGCCGAAUGAGAAGACCGACGAGAUUGUUAGGAAACCUGCCUUGGGCGCGAAGAAGGUGAAGCCUCUACUCGCAGCGGCAGCGGCGUCGAAGAGCACGACGCCAAAACCGUCUCCGUCAUCGUUCCCCAUCUCGUCAAUACCUUCCGUAGAUCCUCCCGUUCCGACUGUCGUCCCAGCGAGUUCUCCGCCUCCAGCAACCCCUGCACUCGCACCCGUUCCGACCCUUGACGAUUUCGCGCCACCGACAGUUGCAGCCACCGAACCGAGUGUCCCUCCAAGUGUGGAAGCUGCUUCAGCUGAGAUCCCACCUUCGGUCACGUCGAGUUCUGUGGACCCACCCCUUGCCCAGCCCCCGAACACUGCCGACAUCGCGUCUCAAAUCGUGGACGAUAUCCACCCGUUCGAUGAUCACGACCCACCCCGAGCCAGUACAUCCCGACGUGUCCGCACGCGACGCGAACCGACACCAGCCAAGCGCAUCCGUGCUAUCGCUCGGCAUCGAAAAGAUCGAGACAACGAUCUCAGAAGCGAGCGUGAGCGCACCGUUGACUCAACAAGGGAAGGCUCCGUACUCUCGACGAGGAGUGACGACGAAGGCAGCGUAGCUGGGACCGAUGGAGCUGCGCCCCGCAAGUUUCGUGGCAAGUAUCAGUCUCGCGGACGAACUGCCGAACGUCGCUCGACGCCCUACCGCAGGCCAAAGGCCCCGCAAGUGUCUCAUCCGGAGCUCGAUGGUGUCGAGGCUAACGAUCUUGUCGGAGAGUCUGUCAACCCUACCGUCAUGCGUCUUGGUGAGCUAGCGACCACGCUAGUGUCUCAGGGUCGCGUGUCUGCCCGAGCACUCAAGUUACAUGAUUUCCAGCGCACUGAAGAAGAGCGGAAACGUCGUGAACGUGUCACCAAGGCAGAGGAGAACUGGAAGCGCCGCCAAAUCGUCCGUCGUAAAGCUCGUGCAAUCCGCAAUCAGAAGCGCGAGGAACGACGCGAAGAAGCUCGACAGGCUGGUGGCGACCCUGGUGAGAUCUCUGAAGACUCGGCAGACUCGGAUGAAGAGUUUGAGGUUGUACCCGACCGCUUGACACCACCUGGGUCACCCCGUCGCGCUGAACGUGUUGCCCCAGUUCGCUUUGAACCCGAGCCGGAAGCCGCACCGGAGGAAGGAGCAGAGGGCGAUGAGACUGCACCCGCUCCCGCCGAAGAGGAGGAGGACAUCGAAGGUCUCGGGUUCCACACAAACUACAACGAUGAAGAUGUGGAGAUGGGCGAGGAGAUGGAGAACUUCCAGCUCCCGGUCGAGGACGACGGCGAUGAUGCCCCACAAGACUUCUCGGGUCUUGGCGGCACCGAGUACACUGGCGGAUACCUCGACAUCGAGACCGGAGAAUGGGUGGAAGCCGAGGGCAGGCCAGAUUUGGCGCGUCUCCAGCAGCGUCAAGAUGACUACCGCCGCCGUAUCAUGGACGGUGACGACGAUCGUCAGGUCGAAUUAAUCGAUAACGAUACGCAAUUCGUCAACUCGGCCACAUGGGGCAAGAAGGUUGCCAACGACAGGUGGACCUCGGAGGAGACUGAGCUAUUCUUCAGCGUAAGUGAUCCUCAUGUAAUACGAGCUGACGGUCAGGUUCUCCGUGAGACAGGUGAAAACUAUACUCUCAUGAAGGCGUAUUUCCCCGGUAGGAGCGUCCGACAACUGAAGAACAAGGGUCUGAAGGAGAACCGUGCCAACCCGGACCGCAUGAACGAGGCCAUCUUCAACAGGAAGCCUAUCGAUACCGAGUAUUUGGCCAAGGCGUCUGGAUUCAAUACCGCGGAUCCUUAUGACCGGGAGAAUGCGUUCCUCAAGGAAGUUGCGGAGGAGAAGGAGAGACUGGCCCUUAUCCCGCUGGAGCCGGACGCAGAGGAGGGGGAGGCGCAGGUUCAGGCCGACCAGGAUUGGAACCUCGAGUUUGGCAAUCCCUGA